UGUGCGUGUGCGUGUGUGUGUGUGUCAGGUCUUUAUAAAGGCCCUGACACACACACAAAGACCUGAAUAAGAGCAGUCUGGCUGGAUCGCCUACAGAUAUCAGAUCGGAAAAUUCCCAUUCACAUCAAUAUAUUACAGAACUCCAAAGAACUCUGCCUGCUCUAGGAAGAUUGGGUUAUCAGAAACAUGGUUGCCCUCACUUCCUCCUGCUCCCUUGUCCUCGUCCUGCUGGCCCUGGGGCCGCUGACUGCGGUCGCAGCCCAGCUCAGGGUGUUCAACAUCCGAGCGAGUGGCCUGCCCUCAGACCUUCUUGGAAUCACCGAUGGCUACGUGGAGGUGUCCUGCGGCCCUACUUACCUGGGCGAAACAUCUGUCCGGCACAACGAUGCCAAUCCCUGGUGGGACGAGGAGUUCAGGGACUCCAGCGCCCUGCCCAAUGACGUGCUGAGGCUGACGGUCCAUGACCACGACACUUUCCUCGACGACCUCCUCGGGACCUGCCAGCGGCCCAUCAAAGUGGGCACUUACUCCCACGACUGCUAUCUGGAUGAAGGCACCCUCAGCUACUCCUACACCCUGGCUUGAGUGUACGAGUCUCAAGGCAGACCGCCACACUGUGAUUGUUAUGCCGUUGAUCUUUAAAAAUAAAAUCAAUCGCGAAUAGCAA